CAAUGCAGUUAAUUUGUUGAUCACUUUCUCGUGCCUCUUAUAAUACUGGAUAAUCGGAAAAUACACCGAAAUUAUGGGUAAAACACAAAGGCUUGCCUCAUUCUGCCGCCUGUGUUUAACGAAAACCCAAAACAAAGUUCCGGUUUUCGAUGAGAACAACUCCAUUGGCCACCUUUUGCAGCUCAUAGAAAUAAAGGUUAACUCUUCUGUGGAGCCAGACGCCGUCGUGUGUUACGACUGCGUCGUUACCCUGGAAGGAUUUUUCCAGUUCAAGGAACAGUGUCAUGUCAACGAUGAAUUUGUGAAAAACAUUCCGGUCGAGGAGGAGCUAUCCGCUUAUUCCGAUGAGGAGCUUCAAGAAGAAAACUCUGACGGCAACAGGGAUGAGGAAGAUGAAGAAUCGGAAACUAUUGAUCCAGCGGACGAUCCAGAGGACAGCCAAUCCAGUGAAUACAUACAAUCCAAAAGAAAAGCUAGCGUAAGUGCAACACCGAACAAAGCGAAAAAACUAAAACCGUUGGAUGCAAACGACUUGGAAGAAAUUGAAAAGGAAUGUGCUGUCUAUAAUGUUCCGUCUAAAUCAACGAGCCUACCCCAGGUGGAAGAAAUGCUAGUGUUGGCAGAGUCAUAUCCGGACUUUUUCUAUUUUGAAAAAUGUCAUCGAUCUACCUACUUUUCUAUGAUCUUUUACGGGGAACGGUAUAAUUCCGCCCUCUUCACGGAACGCUACACCUAUUGGCAAUGCAGUCAUCGAAAAAAAUACCGCUGUCCAGCUCAGGUAUGCGUAACGAACGAUUACCAGACAUUUGAGCGAAGAUACGAUCACUCUCAUAAGGAUAUAAAGGACAAAGAAGGAACAUUGUACACGCCUCUGCAGGCACUGCCGGAGAUUUUCGAUACCUGCCGGGAGGUGGUCGUGAGGAAACGUGCCCAGCGACGGAAAAAGCUGCUUGAAAAGUAUAAAAAAAAGCAAUCUGGUAGCGUGAAAAAUAAAGACGCUACCGUCGAGUGCUCCCUAAAGGAGGAGGAGGAAGUCCCCUUAGAGAACGAUGAACCGCAGGACUACGAUUAUGAGGCUGAAGCCCUCGACAGUAGUGAUGAGUGAUUUUGUGUUUACCACAAUUGAGAACGAUGAGCGUUGCAUUUUCCUAG